AUGAACGCAGAUUCUUUCUUUAUAUUAAUUAUAGUUAAUUACACUGACUGGCACGGGGUGCUUUUGGCUCAGUUUGGAGCCAAAAGCCACACGUGCCAGUCAGUGUAGUUCACUAUAAUAGAUAGAGCUGCAUUAGUAGUACAGUUGCCAAGGAGCCUGAAUGGUUAAGUCGCUUUGUGACGUCCAUUCCUCGAAAUGGUUGAUUGAGGUGAUGAUUUGCUUGGUCGAGGGCUCCAAAGCUACCUUGCUUCUUCUAGUCGUCUUCUUGCCAGGGCAUGAUGAGUGCGCACAAGGAGGUGCUCUCCUCUUUAUCUUGAAGGUUCCAGUCUUAAAUGGCAGACUAUGGAUUUCUGCGACCCUGCAUCAGGCACUUUGGGAAGUAGAUAGAUCUAGGAAAACCCGAAGUGUAAAGAGAGUUUGGUAGCUGCCCUCAGCCUCUACAGGAAAAAGAUUUAGCUUCUAUGACCAGGUUGCAAUUUCUGGUAUCACGAAACUAAUCCCUGGCGUCCCGAUGGACAUUGUUGGGUUUCCUAUUUCCAGCCACAAGGACCAAGCCAAAACUACCCAAUAUGAAUAAACCUAAUUCAGGCUUGAUCCUUGACUGGUUCGCAUAAUUCUCGUAAUUAUGAGGUUGAGAAAAUUGCGUCAAGAGAUCGGAUACACUUAGUUCGCCAUCUAUCGUAUGACUCUUUCUUUAUCUAUACAUCUACACUAGACGGAACCCCUAUGUGGAUCAUCAGCAACUGGUACCCGCACCCUUGUACAUACAACCCUACUCUCCCUCUCUGCAAGCUCUAUAUCUCAAUAAAUGGCGCUCUCUUUUACACCCCAAGCCACAUUUUUACCAAUUCUUGUAAUUCCCAGCUUAUAAGCACUGAUUAUUUUACUAUUUUACGCAGCGCUUUUAAAGAAACCUCCCAUAAGUGCCGAUUUUUCUUUAGGGAGGAUAAAGAAGAAAAUUCAGCUGAAAUUGAGCUCCAUAUGCCUAUGGACGAAGCAGCAAAACUAUUUGUGUCAAUGUUUAAGGCAAGGCUGGAAAAAAGCUUUAAAGGGGAUGGGAUGCAGGAUUUUUUGGUUCAGGCUAUGGAGGUAGUGAGGUUUAAAAAUGAGGUUAUUGAUAGACAAAAUAAAAGGGUUGCUGAUUUGACAGAACUUUCAGUAGAAAUAGAUACGACAAGGGUAGAAGUGGCAAGGAUGAGAGAAGAAACAGGGUUAGAGCUCGCUGCACAGUUUUUAGGGAUUUUAAAUGAUUUAAAAAGUAAGGAGGGGGAAAGGAGUAUUGUUGUGAAGGAGGAAGAAGAGCUAAAUGAUAGUCUAUUGGCGGAUUUGAAUGAAAAUUCUAAAAAAAGAAGGGUGUAA